AUGAGUGAAGAACGAGACCCUUUAUUAGCCGCUUUAGAAGCAGAAGAUAAUAAGAAUGACCAGGAGUCUUCAGACCAAGUGCAAUCACAAGAACGCAAAGAACCAGAGGUAGACCCUGCUCAAGAAGCGCGCAACAAAGCAUUGACAGCCUUCAAGAAGAAAUUAUUAGAACACAGAAGAUAUGAAGAUCAGUUGAAACAAAGACGUCAAGGAAUACGAGACUUAGAAAAAGAGUAUGAGAAAACAGAAAAUGAUAUCAAGGCACUUCAGAGUAUUGGCCAACUGGUUGGUGAGGUCAUGAAGGAGCUGUCAGAGGAAAAGUACAUUGUCAAGGCAUCAUCAGGACCCCGUUAUAUCGUUGGAGUAAGAAAUUCUGUGGACAGAUCUAAGUUGAAAAAAGGUGUAAGAGUAACGCUCGACAUUACAACUCUAACGAUCAUGAGAAUCCUCCCCCGUGAAACGGAUCCGUUAGUGUAUAACAUGACGACUUUCGAACAAGGCGAAAUCACCUUUGAUGGGAUUGGAGGUUUGACUGAACAAAUCAGGGAACUUAGAGAAGUAAUUGAGUUACCUCUAAAGAACCCCGAAAUUUUCCAAAGAGUUGGCAUCAAUCCUCCCAAAGGUGUCCUAUUGUACGGCCCUCCUGGUACUGGUAAAACUCUACUUGCGAAGGCCGUCGCUGCCACCAUCGGUGCUAACUUCAUAUUCUCUCCAGCAUCUGGUAUUGUCGAUAAAUACAUUGGUGAAUCUGCUCGUAUCAUAAGAGAGAUGUUUGCGUACGCGAAAGAGCAUGAACCUUGCAUUAUAUUCAUGGAUGAAGUUGAUGCAAUCGGUGGGCGGAGAUUUAGUGAAGGUACCUCUGCAGACCGGGAAAUUCAACGUACAUUGAUGGAACUACUUACUCAAAUGGAUGGUUUCGACAACCUGGGUCAGACAAAGGUAAUCAUGGCAACGAAUAGACCAGAUACACUUGAUCCAGCUUUACUAAGACCCGGUAGAUUAGAUAGAAAAAUCGAGAUUGGUUUGCCCAAUGAGACUGGCCGGUUUGAAAUCUUUAAGAUUCACUCCGCAAAAGUCAAAAAGGCUGGUGAUUUCGACUUUGAAGCUGCUGUUAAAAUGAGUGAUGGCUUUAACGGUGCGGAUAUCCGUAAUUGUAUCACGGAAGCAGGUUUUUUCGCUAUUAGAGAUGACCGGGAUCAUAUCAUUCAAGAUGAUUUGAUGAAAGCAGUCAGAAAAGUGGCUGAAGUAAAGAAACUGGAAGGUAAGAUUGAAUAUCAAAAACUAUAG